GAAAGUGUAGUCCGGCCGACUAAUCACAGUCCCUCACCCAAAUAUCGAGUGCCUUCCCCUGUCUUCCUACUGAAGUAUAAAACGAGCAGGGUUGUCGGUGCGCAUUCUGGCCGCUCUGUCUUUUCGUUGAUGGUUAGACUCUGCGAGAGGAGGAUGAAGUUCAUCUUGGCCGCCACGGUCAUCGUGGGCUCCUUGUUUUUCCUCGCCUUCCCCAAUGGCUCAUUGGCGGAGGAGAAGAAGAAAGGCUCCAAAGUAACCGCCAAGGUGUACUUUGACAUAAAAAUUGGAGAGGAGAAAGCUGGAAGGAUCGUCAUCGGAGUGUUUGGGAAGACUGUUCCCAAGACUGUGGAGAACUUUAUGGCCUUGGCAACAGGAGAGAAAGGAUUCGGCUACAAAGGCAGCAAGUUCCAUCGGGUCAUCAAACAGUUCAUGAUCCAGGGAGGAGACUUCACCAGAGGAGACGGAACCGGCGGCAAAAGCAUUUACGGCGACCGAUUCGCCGACGAGAACUUCAAGCUGAAGCAUUACGGCCCCGGCUGGCUCAGCAUGGCCAACGCUGGCAAAGACACCAAUGGCUCGCAGUUCUUCAUCACCACUGUGAAGACCAGCUGGCUGGACGGCAAACACGUCGUCUUUGGAAAAGUACUCGAGGGAAUGGAUGUCGUGCACAAGAUCGAAGACACAAAGACGGACAGCCGCGACAAGCCCGUCAAAGACGUCGUCAUCGACGACUGCGGCGUGAUCGAAGUGGACGAGCCCUUCGCCGUCGCCAAGGAGUAAAAACUACUGUGGGGUUAGGGGAGGGGGCUUUUUCGGUUCUCAAAGCGUGGGCGCCGGCAGCCAACUGGAAGCACCGGAGGUCACGUUGCCAUCUCGACGACACUACGGCUCCAUUUUACUGUCAAGCAUUCCGAGGUGCACUACUUUAAUGGUCAUCUUUUUUUUUUUUUUUUUUUAUAAUUGUUAACAGAAGGAAUUCCUUGAAAUAAAGCCUCCAGUUUUUGUUAA